ACCAAGGCGACCGUCGGGCGCGCUCACUUUGCCAAUCCUGUCGCAGAGUGGUGGGCUUUCGUGUCGGCGGCCACAGGGAGGGCACGCGCGCUGGCCAAGAACGGCACCGACUCCACGCAAGCCAAGCGCAGCCGCGACACUGCGGUCGCCAAGGCUGAGGAGCACGGCCUCAACACCGACGCGGGCCUCGCCAGGGCCACGGAUGACUUCGGCAGAAGGCGCGUCCCCGAAGAGGUGGCGCACCGGCGCCAACUGCCGCGUCGUAUCCACGACCUGAGCUCCGAGGACUUCGAGCAGUUCAAUGUCGCCACGGCCCGCUGGGCUGCGCCCGCUGCCAGCAGGGCGCAGGCCCGCGCAGGGCGCCAGCGCGCCAAGCGGGUCAGCACCACAUGGAAGACGGCGCAUGGGCUCGUCCACAAGCAGGUCAAGGGCGACAAGCCAGCGACCCUCGAGGCCGCCCUGCCCGGCGAGACGGUGGCCGACCCUCUGCAGAUGGAGCUGCGCGAGGAGGAGGAGCUGGAGGGGCACGCCGCGCAGAGCGCGAGGCAGGCGUCACUGGCCGUCCCCGCAAGGUACGAGAUGGGCGUGGACGCCCUGCGCAGAUCGAUUGUAUCACGUCCACCUGGCGUCGCGGUGCAAGAAUGGGUGGACAUGAUGAUCCAGGUUGAACAGGACCUGGCGCGGCCGAGGCAGGUGCACGCUGCCCUCCUGGCCCUCCUGCCCAAGUCCCGAGGCUGGGACCGCGCGAUAGGCGUCCUGUCACUGCUGAUCAAGUGCCGGUCGAAGGCGCGCGCGUCGGCCACGGGCGCCUGGCCCGACGGCCUUGAGCAGCACUGGGGCGUCUCACUCGAGGACAGCAGCGCACUGCGCGCUGCCCUCUGUUGGCCCAUCCUCGACGAGAGCGCGGUGGCCAUGGGCUUCUGCGCCGUCGAGGCCCGAGCCAACCUUGCGCCUUGGCGGCUGCGACGGCGCGCAUGGACCAGCGGGGCCAUUGGGGCGGAGCGCCCCAUCGUGGCAGGCAGCAACCGCGGCGUGAAGGUGGCCGAGCGUUUCCUGCACCCGUUCCUCCAGGCGGCCAGCGCGGGCGCCCCCGCAGUCGGCCUGGGCGCCUUCGUCGACGGCGCCAUCUUCCGCGCGGAGGGCAAGAAGCAAGCAGCCAUUGACAGCAUGGGCGACGCCAUGAAGAUAUCCGCUAAGCAGCGCGAGGCCCCCAAGCUGACGCCAUCGCCCAAAUCCGUCGUAGUUUCUCUGGCGCGACGAGGAAGGCAGCACAAGAGCCCAGACGUCACGGUGCACCAGCGGCAGCGGACAGCCACGCCGUUGAUCUCGGAGCGGGCACUACGGCGAGCCAGAGGCGCGCCCGGGCCAGAGCCAAGCAGCGAGGCAGAGCAGGGGCAAG